UCGGAGGCUCCUGCGCCUCCGGGAACGUUGCUCAAGCGGAUAAAAAUGAUAAUUCCCUGCCCAGCGCGGGGCCGGGGCCAGCGGGAGGGAGUGUGUGUGUGUGUGAGUGUGUGUGUGUGUCGGGGGGGGGCGGGGGCCGCCCGUCGGUGCGUGUCGGCGCCCAUGAAGCGCUGCCGCGGCGCGGCGCAGCCGGUACCGCCGCGCUGAGGUUGCCCUUCGGGCCGGGUCGAGUGGCCGCGGGGCUGCCGGUGGCCACCAUGCAGAAGAGCGUGCGGUAUAACGAGGGGCACGCCCUGUACCUGGCCCUCUUGGCCCGCAAGGAAGGCACCAAGCGGGGCUACCUGAGCAAGAAGACGGCGGAGACCAACCGCUGGCACGAAAAGUGGUUCGCCCUCUACCAAAACGUCCUCUUCUACUUCGAAGGGGAGCAGAGCGCCCGCCCCGCCGGCAUGUACAUGCUGGAGGGCUGCAACUGCGAGAGGGUGCCGGCUCCCAAAAGCUCCGCCGCCGGCAGCGCCAAGGAUGCUGCGCUGGAGAAGCAGCAUUACUUUACUGUUCUUUUUGGCCACGAAGGGCAGAAGCCACUGGAGCUCCGUUGUGAGGAUGAAGCUGAUGGAGAUGAAUGGGUAGAAGCUAUUCACCAAGCUAGUUAUUCAGACAUUUUGAUUGAAAGGGAGGUGUUAAUGCAGAAGUACAUUCAUCUCGUCCAGAUUGUAGAGACUGAAAAGAUUGCAGCCAAUCAGCUUCGACAUCAGCUUGAAGAUCAAGACACAGAAAUUGAGAGACUUAAAUCUGAGAUUAUAGCUCUCAAUAAAACAAAAGAAAGAAUGCGACCUUAUCAAGGCAACCAGGAAGAUGAGGAUCCAGAUAUUAAAAAAAUUAAAAAGGUCCAGAGCUUUAUGCGGGGAUGGUUAUGUAGAAGAAAAUGGAAAACUAUCGUCCAAGAUUAUAUUUGUUCUCCCCAUGCAGAAAGCAUGAGAAAAAGGAAUCAGAUAGUUUUUAACAUGGUGGAGGCUGAAUCUGAAUAUGUGCAUCAACUUUAUGUUCUUGUGAACUGUUUUCUGAGGCCCUUAAGAAUGGCUGCAAGUUCAAAGAAGCCACCUAUCAGUCAUGAUGAUGUUAGUAGCAUUUUCCUCAACAGUGAAACAAUCAUGUUUCUUCAUGAGAUAUUUCACCAAGGCUUAAAAGCCAGAAUAGCUAAUUGGCCUACCUUAAUCCUAGCUGACUUAUUUGACAUUCUGCUGCCAAUGCUGAACAUAUAUCAAGAAUUUGUUCGGAAUCAUCAAUAUAGUCUACAAGUACUGGCAAACUGUAAGCAAAACAGAGAUUUUGACAAACUCUUGAAGCAAUAUGAAGCCAACCCAGCAUGUGAAGGGCGAAUGCUGGAAACUUUCCUUACUUACCCCAUGUUUCAGAUUCCUAGAUAUAUUAUAACACUUCAUGAACUUCUGGCUCACACACCACAUGAGCAUGUCGAGCGAAAAAGCCUUGAAUUUGCUAAAUCUAAACUAGAAGAACUUUCAAGGGUGAUGCACGAUGAAGUGAGUGACACAGAAAACAUCCGGAAGAAUCUAGCUAUAGAAAGAACAAUAGUAGAAGGCUGUGAUAUAUUACUAGAUACCAGCCAAACUUUUAUACGCCAAGGUUCCCUUAUACAAGUCCCUUCAGUUGAGAGGGGAAAACUUAGCAAAGUUCGCCUGGGAUCAUUAUCUUUGAAGAAAGAAGGAGAAAGGCAGUGCUUCUUAUUUACAAAACAUUUUUUAAUUUGUACAAGAAGUUCAGGAGGAAAACUGCAUCUUCUCAAGACAGGAGGUGUUCUGUCUUUGAUAGAGUGCACACUGAUUGAGGAGACAGACGUGAGUGAUGAUGAUUCAAAAGGUUCCGGACAAGUGUUUGGACACCUUGAUUUCAAGCUUGUAGUGGAACCCACGGAUGCUCCUCCUUUUACUGUUGUCCUUUUAGCGCCAUCACGACAGGAGAAAGCAGCAUGGACAAGUGAUAUAAGUCAGUGCAUUGAUAAUAUAAGGUGCAAUGGUUUAAUGACCAUAGUGUUUGAAGAAAACUCUAAAGUCACGGUGCCACAUAUGAUCAAAUCUGAUGCUCGUCUUCAUAGAGAUGACAUUGAUAUCUGCUUCAGCAAAACACUGAAUUCCUGCAAAGUACCCCAAAUCCGUUACGCGAGCGUCGAGCGCCUUCUGGAGCGGCUGACGGACUUACGAUUCCUAAGUAUUGAUUUCCUGAAUACUUUCUUACAUACUUACCGCAUAUUUACUACUGCAGCUGUUGUUCUGGAAAAGCUCUCAGACAUAUACAGACGGCCCUUCACUUCCAUUCCCGUCAGGUCUUUGGAGUUAUUCUUUGCUACCAGUCAAAACAACAGAGGAGAGUACCUGGCUGAUGGGAAGUCACCACACCUCUGCCGCAAGUUCUCUUCUCCUCCUCCAUUGUCACUCUCCAGGACUUCCUCACCUGUAAGAACCCGAAAACUGUCAUUGACCUCACCACUGAAUUCAAGGAUUGGUGCCCUUGACCUUUCUACUUCAUCUGUGGCAAGCAGUCCUACCUCGACCUACAGCCCAGCCACCUCCCCACCGCCAACGGGUAGCAAAGUACCACUCGACCUUAGCAAGGGGCCCUCCUCUCCUGAGCAAAGCCCAGGCUCCAUAGAGGACAGCUUGGAGAACCCUCGCGUUGACCUCUGUAACAAGCUGAGAAGAAGUAUUCGAAGAGCAGCAGUUCUAGAAUCUGUGUCAGUGGACCGGACAAUUCCUGAAAGCACCUCAGCAGUGGAUACUACAGAGCUUUCCCCAUGUAGAUCCCCCUCAACACCACGUCAUCUCCGCUAUCGUCAACCUGGAGUACAAACUGCUGACAACAGCCACUGUUCCGUUUCUCCUGCCUCUGCUUUUGCUAUUGCUACCGCCGCAGCAGGACACGGGAGCCCACCAGGAUUUAACAACUCUGAACGCAUGUGUGACAAAGAGUUCAUAAUACGCAGAGCAGCCACGAAUCGUGUCCUAAAUGUCUUGCGCCACUGGGUCUCCAAGCAUUCUCAGGAUUUUGAGCUGAACAAUGAGCUGAAAAUGAAUGUGUUAAAUUUGCUGGAAGAAGUUUUGAGAGACCCCGACCUUCUGCCACAAGAAAGGAAAGCUACUGCAAAUAUACUGAGGGCUCUUUCUCAGGAUGAUCAAGAUGAUACCCAUUUAAAAAUAGAGGAUAUCAUUCAGAUGUCAGACUGUCCGAAACCAGAGUGCUUUGAGACACUGUCGGCCAUGGAGCUUGCAGAGCAAAUAACUCUUUUAGAUCACGUAGUUUUCCGAAGCAUACCCUACGAAGAGUUUCUUGGGCAGGGAUGGAUGAAAGUGGAUAAAAAUGAGAGAACACCCUAUAUUAUGAAAACUAGUCAGCAUUUUAAUGAUAUGAGUAACCUUGUUGCCUCCCAAAUCAUGAAUUAUGCGGAUGUCAGCUCCCGAGCCAACUCGAUUGAGAAGUGGGUAGCAGUAGCUGAUAUUUGUCGAUGUAUGCACAAUUAUAAUGGUGUGUUAGAAAUCACGUCAGCCUUGAACAGAAGUGCAAUCUACAGACUUAAGAAAACUUGGGGUAAAGUAUCCAAACAGACAAAAGCUCUCAUGGACAAGCUUCAGAAGACUGUGUCAUCUGAAGGAAGAUUUAAAAACCUUAGAGAAACACUCAAAAAUUGUAACCCACCUGCUGUUCCCUACCUUGGAAUGUACCUGACGGACCUGGCGUUUAUUGAGGAAGGGACACCAAACUUCACUGAGGAAGGCCUUGUCAAUUUUUCCAAAAUGAGAAUGAUCUCACAUAUUAUCAGGGAAAUACGCCAGUUCCAGCAGACCUCCUACCGCAUAGAGCAUCAGCAGAAGGUCACUCACUAUUUACUUGACAAGACACUCAUCAUAGACGAAGACACUUUGUAUGAGCUUUCCCUAAAGAUUGAACCCAGACUCCCUGCCUGAAGAGCCAGCUUUGCCUCAGAGUCUACAGAAAGCUUUAGUAUAAUGAACAAAAUUAUGCAUGCCAAGUCCUAAAGACAGCAAGGGAAAUUUUGCGAAGAAUGCAAGCUCUCUUUCCCAAUAAGAGAUACGGAGCCUCACAGCACUUCCCUCUCAGGCAAAGAAAAUGAGCAUCAGAGGUGGAAGACAAAGAUGCUUCCUACCUGGAUUAAGUGAUUGCUGCUUUGCAAAGAUAAUGUUUUGCAGUAGGGACUGUGCAUUUAAUGGAAAAUAGGAGACUUUCCUGUGAAUGAGUACUCAUUUUAGCCAUCUUAUGUGACAAAUUAAGGGGACAGAUAUGAAUGGUGAUAAUAUACUCAGGUAUAUUAAGAUAAAUGAGCAAAAUGAGAUGGCUGUGAUGGGGUCUGGUGUGAUGGCUAACUGGCUAAACUACCCUUUAUGAAAUGUUACCUUCUUUAAACGUCUUGUCAGCCUUUUCUAAGGUGGCUGAUUUUACCUAUAAAUGAACUGUAAAUAUUUUUCCAUUAAUUCACAAUGAGAGUAUUUACAGCAUGGAAAGCAAAUGAACUAGUUUAACAGCUGUAAAUAGUUGCCAACCGUGCAAGCUUCAGCUGGGAAAUACAAGGUUAGGAGCUAUACCAGAGACUCGAGAAAUUUGGACAGACAGUCAAUGGGGAUGGUUAGUCGAGUUGCACACAGCCCUGGAAAAGGCACUUUAUUUUUCUGCACCUCCUGCAGCUUCUCUGACAAGUCAGGCUACAGAGCACUUUCUGGACACACUGUGGAGAGAAAUACAUGUCUGGUCUGGCAAUGGGUAGUGAUCAGCAGUGAACCCUAGGAGUUGGAGUGGCAGUCUCGUUUUAUGUGGAAUCAGUGGUUUGAAAAAUGUCUAUUUUUUGUACAGCCGUUCGGCACUGACUUAGCUCUAAAAUUGUUCACAUCAGUGGCAAGCUUUGAAUGCCAGCAAACACAAACUAUAUAUUUUUAUCCGAGCUAGCACUUAAUCAUUUGCGUAUGGGCAUAUGUUUAAGAAAACGUGCUAUUUGUAAAUGUUUUCAAAGCCUAUGCUUUUGUGACAUACCAGGUAGAUAAAUGUCAUUUCUACAGCUAGUUGCUACUUCCUAAAUUUUCCUGAUCAAGAGUGGCCUGUUGUAGCUGCAUGGAAAGUGAGCUCAAUUGCAUGCUGUAAAGUGCAUCAUAGUAUAAAACGCAGGUAUUAGCACUGUUGAAAAAAAAUUGGCUGGAAAAGUGUCCUUACUUUUCCAAUGAUACUCAGCCAGUUGAAGAAAUAGGGCUAUAUCACUGUAUACCUCCCUUAAAUCCUCUCAGGGAGACAGAUGUUUAAAAUAGAUUGUGACCUAGGCCUAUUUGAUCUGAUACUUCGUACCACAGUCAUGAUGCUUCUUAACACUGGCGAUGAAAAAUGGAUCUGCCUGGCUUGUGGUUUUUGUCUUUAUUUGCACUUUAAUUAUAUUGCUGGCCCAGCCCAGAGCUGCACAGUAAAUUCCAUUUGUUCUGUCUGAGUGUAACUGCUAGCAUUUAUAAAUGUACCUUAGCAACUGUAAAUUUCAUCAAGGUUCUUCAUCACAAGGACCAUCUCCUUGUAAAUAACUGCAUGAGGAAAUGUCACAAAUACUGCAGAAUUCCUCAAUUGGAAACGCAGACAGCAACAGAAAAGGAAAUUCCAGAAACAUUUUAAAUAGUUCUGGCUAUUGAUUGCUGUAGAAAUGAACAUGGAAAAUGUUACUUGUAGAAGCUUUUUAUUGUCAAAAAUGUGCUUGUUCUUUCAGUAAUGACUGACAAGGAGCUGAUUGCAUCUCAGUGCAUGAUAUGGAAAAAAAAAAAAAGCAUGGUUUAUUUGGACCACAAAACCAACUUACUGUGUAUUUUCUGUACAAAAGCAGUUACCAUAUGGAAGUUUCAUAAAACACUUUGAAUGAAUGAAGAAACAGGGAAAAAAGUGGUCCAAGAAGUGAUUUCUUAACUUGGUUUUAUUGUUUCUCUGUUAACCAAGAAAAUGUGUAACAACUGUCAAUGUCAAUUGGCAUCUCUGUUGUACGCUAUUGACAGCUGCUUUAUCUGCCUGUACCCCAUUCUACCAAACUUCCUUGAUGUUCUUAGGGUUACAGGGUACAAUUCUUCAUCUUUACUCUUUUCACAGUUCGUUGUUUUGUACUUCAUGUGCGUGUUAUCGGUUCUUCGGAGUUUCAGAACAUUCAAUGCAUUUUAAGGCUUGCAAUACGCAGGGGUGGUGCUGUGUUCGUGCCACAGUAUUACAGACAGAGAGGAGGACAAAGGGACAGACACAGGGUUUUUCAAAGGUGCUGAGCAUCCGUAUCUUCAAACCGGUAGACAAUGUUGGAAUUCAGCCCCUCUGGAAAAGCUUCUACUACUUACAUGCCAAAAGUUAACUUCUUGGGUCAGUGGCACAAUGUAGAGUAGAAUCGCUAGGACAACUAGAUACUUGGUUUGUGUUUGGAGCAACAAAAGGAAAAAAAAAAAGGUUAUGGUCACGGUAAUGUUGGAUUUGCUGAUGACUAAUAUUCAUGUUUUUGGUUGGGGGUAUAGUGCGUUGAUUAAAAUACGGGAGGUGACUGCUGAUAGAAGUGAGCACGCAUCUCGUUACCCCCAGACCCAGCCGGUGUUGUGACCUCGGCCAAGGCUUGGAGCUGGCUGUUCUGCAGAGAUCCCACCUGGCCUGUGUGUCUGCCCCAUGGUCGGGUUGUGUACCUGGGGUGUCAGUGGGCAGCCACGACCUGCUUUAUGUGAGGCUUUGCCGAAAUACACCCGUGUAACCAGCUAGUGCAGUGACCUCCCUGUACAGCCCGCAGGGAUGGUGGAGCUCCAUGCUUACCGGCUUCUCCGUGCCACCCCACCACAGACGUAUAGCUUGUAGAGGUAGAAAUCCCAGCCACAAAACACCCACUGUUUGCCUCCGGUGUUUUAGGGAGGAUGUCUCCAAGCGAGGAGCUUGGUCAUGGUGAUCUUGCUGUCUUUGAGGAUCUUGUCCAUUCCAGCUUGCGCGCCCUGGAAGUCAAGAGCAGACUUGGUUCUCUGCGGUCGGAGCGGAAAAAGCCCAGCUGAUUGAGGGUUCCUAAAGGAAGAGAAGGGCUGAAGCGCCGAUCUACUUGCCUUUCUUUGCCCCUCAGCCCCGCUGUGCCAGUCAGAGGCAAGGGCAGUUCUCACCACGGAGGGGCUGCUCCCUUCGUCACCCUCCGGGCAGAAGACCCCCGUGGGUGCUGGGGCUGGCUGGCUGCAAUGGGGAUAUAGCAUAUUUCACCCGCUGGUUUCAGCAGUGGGCACACUUGCCAGCAAAGUCCGAGGGGAGUUUCGCAGUGGUUUUUUGUUUUUUGUUUUUUUUUUUUUGUUUCUUUGUUUGUUUGCUUUUUUGACUGCAUAAGUAGCAGCCCCUAGUUAACCUGGGAACCUGGGCAGCAGCACAGACACGUCCCCCCUUUCCAUGUGACAGAGGCCACUCGUCACACGCUGAUACGGGGUUAGAGUUGCCUUCACCCCAGCCUUCGCUCC